UUUUCUAUAUAAGUGCCAAAACAGCACUUGAUACUGGCUGUACAUAAACAUCCUUAAACAACUUGAUGAUGGAUCGGAGCCUUGCACUCUUUUGUUUCUUUCUCAUCUCUGCCAUGUUUGCUGCUCCUUCGAAUGGCCUCUUGCCGGAGGACAAGUCGAAGAUCAGAGGGAUGUUUGUGUUUGGGAGUUCUGUAGUCGACAAUGGCAACAAUAACUUCAUCCCUGACGUCCUGAACAAGGUGAAUUAUACCCCUUACGGAAUUGAUUUCCCUCUGGGCCCUACGGGAAGAGCCACCAAUGGGGCGAACAUGGCUGACAUACUCGCCAAAGAGCUCAAACUUCCAAACUACAUCCCACCCUUCAAUGAUCCCUCCACAGCUGGUAACAGAAUCGUUCAUGGCGUUAACUAUGGCUCUGGUGGCUCUGGCAUCCUCGAUGAAACUGGUGCUAACCUCGGAAAUUUAAUUAGCAUGAAUAGGCAAAUCAGGAAUUUUGAGGCAAAGACUCUUCCAGAAUUGGCUCUACAGUUGGGACAUAACAGGAGCAGGAUCUUGUCUCAGUACCUGUUUUUCUUGUCCAGUGGAGGAAAUGACUACUCAGCAAACUAUUUCGGGAAUUCGACUGGAAGUAAUGUCACUGUUGAAGCUUUUACUGCCAAUUUGACCUCCACAUUUAUUCUCCAGCUGAAGAAGCUGUAUAGUUUGGGAGCUCGCAAGUUCGUGCUCGCAUCAAUCAUUCCAAAUGGUUGCGCUCCAAUGGCCAUGGCGUCGGCUCCUGGUGAAGGCUGUGUAGACAGGAUAAAUAAGGCAGUGCAAAUGUUUAACAUCCAGAUGAGGAACUUGACAGAUUCUCUCAGACCUCAAAUGCCUGGAUCUCGCCUUGUUUUUGUCAAUGCCUACAAAAUUGUUAGAGAUAUUAUAAGAUAUCCAGCCAUUAAUGGUUUUCAGAAUGUGAAUACUUCUUGCUGUACCAUUGCGGCGCAUGGGUUUGGGUGCGCCAGUGGAGGGCCAGUUUGUAGCAACAGAAGGGAGUAUGUGUAUUUUGAUGGCAAUCAUGUUACAGAAGCUGUAAAUAAUGCGAUUGCAACCAAGGCCUUCUCAUCCAACCGCACAGCUGAGGUCUAUCCUUACAAUGUCCGGAAGCUCUCGCAAAUUUAGAUGCCAAAUAAAAACACACGUGUAUUACGAUUAAUGGCAGCUAAUAACCCCUCACGUUUUACAAUAUUCAUAGAGCAAUGACCACUGUUCUGUACAAUGAACUGGUAAAUGGUAUGAAGUCUAUAAAGCACAGCACGUGAACUUUGCUAAUCAAAUAAAUGUUAGAAUUAAGAUUGUAAGGUCAUCACCACAGGUCUUGCUAUUGAUAGCUUCCCAUUACAUGUCUUGGCACCCUUUUGUAUGUUGGACAUCAAAUGAUGAUGCCGAAUGAAAGUGUUCUAGGCAAAAUCAAAUCAAAAGCUAUCUUCCAUGUUGGGACAGAA